CGCGGAUAGCCUGGCCGCUGCCAGCGCUACCACCGAGCUGCAAUAAUUUUGAUUCGAUUGUUGUGUACAAAUGUUUGAACCUCAAUCAGUUUCACGAUCUGAUUUCAGGGAAUUUACAUAUGUAAAUGGGCGUUUUCUGCAAAAUGUGCCUGCCUCCUCUGCUGCUCGCAGCCUCGCCGUCGCCAUGUCCACCGCCGCCACCCGAGCCCUCAAGUCCGUAUCCCACGCAGUCUUCUCCUGGAAGCCGACGGGUCGGCCGCAGCAAACGCUGGCGGCGGCCGUGAGCAGGUCUGGCGUGGGGCUCCACUCGGGCGCGCGCGUCACCGCCACGCUGCUCCCGACGUACGCCGGAGAGGGUAGGUAUUUCCAGGUGGAGGGUAAGGAGGAGGCAAGGGUGGCGGCGGAGGUGGGAAACGCCGAGCCACGGUCGCAGCUCUGCACGACGCUUCAGCGGGGCGAAGGCUGCGGCCCGCGCAUCCGCACCGUGGAGCACCUUCUCUCGGCGAUGGAGGCUCUCGGCGUCGACAAUUGCCGCGUGGAGGUCAUCGGCGGCGACGAGAUUCCUUUGCUUGAUGGAUCAGCACAAGAGUGGGUAGAGGCAAUACGAAGCGCAGGUCUGUGUGCGGCCGAGGAUACCGGUGGGCAGAAGUUGGAGAAACUGGCCCCCCAAAUCCAUGAGCCUGUUUACUUGCAGAGAGAUGAUUGCUUUGUAGCUGCAUUCCCUAGCUCGCAAAUCCACAUCACCUACGGAAUUGAUUUCCCAAAGGUGCCAGCGAUUGGGUGUCAAUGGUUUUCGACAUUCCUGGAUGCUAAUAUAUACUCAAGCAAGAUUGCUCCUGCAAGAACUUUCUGUAUAUUCGAAGAGAUCGAAAAAAUGCGUGGCGCUGGGCUCAUCAAAGGAGGAUCUCUAGAAAAUGCUAUGGUUUGCAGCAUGUCUGGUGGAUGGCUAAAUCCACCAGUGCGGUUUGAGGACGAGCCUUGCCGCCACAAGAUAUUGGAUCUUAUAGGUGACUUCUCGCUUCUUGCACAGAAUGGUAACCAGGGUUUCCCAAUUGCUCAUAUAAUUGCCUAUAAGGCUGGUCAUGCGCUGCACACUGAUUUUCUGAGGCAUCUGUGUGGAAGGAUCACAGUGGACCAAGAAGAGGUUGCUAGACAAUGCUGAAAUGUACGGCUCCUAUUCAUCGUAUGUUGUUGGUAGUGGUUAGAAAGCUACAUUUCAGGGUUAGCACCUGAUGGCCCUCAUUUCAUCGCUCUAGUAUUCUAUAAGGAACAUUUCCUUCAGAUUCAGAGGAUGUGUCAGCCCAACUGUUUGGCGCUUGCCUUUCAGAAAAAAAAAACAUUUUGCCGAGCUGUGUACAAACUGACAAGACAUUGUAGCAUACAAGGUCAUUUCUUUAUAAUAUAAGUUUGGCUUUGCCGACAAAUUA